AUGGCUCGCCUCGCCGAACAGAGCGAGAGAUACGACGAUAUGGUAACGGGCAGGCAGAUCUGCACUCCUCAUCCAUCCUUCCAUCCAUCCGUCAUGAAUUCUGCGCCGUUGGCAGGUGGAGUUCAUGCGGCGAGUCGCCACACUCAAGAGCGACCUCACACUCGAAGAGCGGAACCUCUUCUCCAGUAAGAAAACGAAACGAAUGGCAGAUUGGCUUUGGUUUAUGUGUUGUCGACCAGUCGCAUACAAGAACUCCCUGGGCACUCGUCGUGCCGCCUGGCGUGUCCUGUGGGCCAUGGAUGCUCGCGAACCCCAGCGAACCGGGCCAUACAUGGUGGGAUAUGUGCGGCAGCCGCAGCAAUGGGCCACCUCUGUGUGUAUGGGUGUAUGUGUGUUUGUGUGUGUGUGUGUGUGUGUUUGUGUGUGUGUCAGGAUUGCAUCAAUUUGUAUCGGGCCAAGGUCAUCAAGGAGAUGAAGACCAUCUGCAGCGAGAUGCUCAAGAUCAUCGAAGAAGGUACCCAGACGACCAGCAAGAUGAAAGCCACAUAACACUUUCCAUGUCGUGUCGUGGAUCGUUCGGUGCAGAUCUGUUGCCUUUGGCGUCGACUACCGAGAGCCGCGUGUUCUACUGGAAGCUCAAGGGCGACUACCUCAGAUACACGGCUGAAUUCCAUCAGGUCACCCACCACAAACAGGAGCAACACACAAAGAGAGUUGUCAGUCACUGUACGUUUGUCUUUUCUCCUUUUGUUGGCCCCAGGCGGAUGCGCACACAGCUGCUGCCGAGAGCGCCCAUGACGCUUACAAAACGGUCACGAGAAGGGAAGCGAGAAGGGCGAGAGAAGAACUUUUUGCUGUUGACGACCCAGGCGUCAGAGAUAGCGUUGAACCACUUGACGGCGACCCAUCCAGUGCGGCUGGGGCUGGCCCUCAACUUCUCCGUCUUUUACUACGAAACCAUCAACGCCCCAGGCAUGGAAGAGGAAUACCGACCCAUCUGCAGUGCACGCAAGCCAAAAGAGACACACAUCGCUUGGUUUGUGCAUCUCUUCUCUGCAGACAAGGCGUGCCAGUUGGCCAAGGCUGCCUUCGACGAGGCCAUCGGGCAGCUGGAGACGCUCGGCGAGGAGCAAUACAAAGACAGGUUAUCAAGUAGAUAGGAUGCUCGGCCAUGUGUAACCACUAUGCGUUCGUAUUGGGAUGGUGUGUUUGUCAUUGAUUGUAAUCAAUAUCAGUGCGAUGAUUUUGCAGCUGCUGAGGGACAACCUGACCCUGUGGACGCAGGGCGUGCAGGUCAGUCAGAGGGCGGCGGGGCGGGUGGGUAUUCACUAAAUGCGAUUGCGGGAGGUGGACGGAGGGAUCUGUCAGCAUCAGAUGAGAUGAGAUGACUUGUGUGUGUGUGUGUGUGUGUGUGGAUCCCUCAGGGCGCCGCUGUUGGCGAGGAGAGCAAGGCGGCUGAUGCUCGAUAG